AUGCGAACUUCAAUCACGACUGGUACACGAGAAGCCUCUCGUCUCUGCGCAAGAUGCAGGCGACAGGCGACCAUGUCCCGGAUGGCCGGCAUGGGUGCGAUCGCCAGCACAUCGUUGGCUGCACGGAAUGCACGAUGGGCUUCAGAAACGUCCACCGGGCCGAGCCAAAUGCGGUGGAUGUCCGUAACAGCAAGCUUCUCUAGGCCGGCAACGGCGUCGCCCACGGAGCAAACAUCCGUGGCCUCGCAGGAUGGCAGCAGCAAGCCACCCGCUACGCACUACGACUUCUUCCCGAUUACGCUCCCCGACGGGCCCCCGCCCAAGGGUCAUUUUCCCAUCGACCAGCGAGCCCUCCGGCGUGAAUUCCUUCGGCUGCAGGCUAAGGCACACCCUGACAUGCAUCCAGCGGAGCUCAAGACGCGUGCGGAGGCGACAUCAGCACGCAUCAACGAGGCGUACAAGACGCUCUCGAACCCGUUGCUGCGGGCGCAGUACCUGCUUCAGCUCCGAGGCGUCGACGUAGCCAAUGACGAGACACUCAAGGUCGAGGAUCCGGAGCUGCUGAUGAUCGUCCUGGAAGCGCGCGAAGAGAUCGAAGAGGCGACCGACGAAAGCGAGCUAGAGGGUCAGCGCGCGGCUAAUGACGAGCGUAUACGCGCGAGUGAGGAGGUGCUGGAGCGGGCCUUCCGAAACGACGAUCUUGAGACGGCGAAACGGGAGGCAGUUAACCUGAGAUACUGGGUCAACAUCCAGGAGAGCCUGAACAAUUGGGAGUCGGGAAAGCCGAUUGUUCUGCAGCAUUAA